CUGUCUCCACUGCCCCUCCCCCAAGCCGGAGGGGUCUUGAGGUGACAGCGCUUGCAACUGCGAGUCCAGUAGGAAGAGAAGAUGGACAAGAGGAAGCUCGGGCGACGGCGAUCUUCAUCUGAGAUUGUCACAGAAGGAAAAAGAAAAAAGUCUACAUCUUCUGAUUUACAUGAGUGGAAAAGAAGCCUAAGAAAUAAAGUCAUCUCUCUAGACCAUAAAAAUAAAAAAAGUGUUCGUGGGCAUCCUGUCACUUCUAAGUCAUCAUCGGAAAGGCAACUCAAAGUUAUGUUGACGAAUGUUCUAUGGACGGAUUUAGGACGAAAAUUCACAAAGACCCUACCUAGAAACGAUGCUAAUUUAUAUGAUGCCAACAAGGUACAAUCAGAUUCAUUGACUUCGACAUCUGUUGACAGCAUAGAGACAUGUCACAAAUUAGAACCUCUUCAUCAAAGCCUUAAUUUAUCUGAAAGGAUACCCAGAGUUAUACUGACGAAUGUCCUGGGAACGGAGUUAGGAAGAAAAUACAUAAAGACCCCACCUGUAACUGAGGCCAGUUUGAGUGAUACAGACAACUUGCAAUCAGAGCAACUCUCUUCAUCAUCUGAUGGCAACCUAAAAUCUUGUCCAAAUCUAAAUCCUCACAAGAGCUGUUUUUUAUCUGAAAGGGAUUCACAAUCAAGUAAGACAGUGGAUAACAUUUCUGCAAAGCAGGCUGUAAACACUAAAGAAAAGCAAAGAGAUGAUGAUGGCCUUUCUCCUAUAGUGUCUGACACUCAGCCUAAAGAUCUUAACAGUGGAAGUAGAGGUUGUGACUAUCUUGAAGAUGAGAGCAGAAGCAAGGAUGUUACAUAUUCUGAUUCAAAAAUGGAACCCACUCUGAUCUCCAGGAAGGCAAGAAGACGACUCAAAUAUAAUUUAUCUGAAUCUCAUAAUUCUACUUCUUUGGAUAAGCCAACAGAAAAAAGAAAAGGACAAGAAAAUGACUCAGCAAUCUCUAAUGAGUUUGAAAAGUCAGGUAAAGACUAUCAUCAGACCUCAACACUGCUUGAAGACAUUACGCCUGAACCUGUAGAAAGUGAUUUUACUGAACUGUCCUCAUGUGGUAGUCAGGAGUUGGAUAUGAGUGCUUCUUCCAAAAGUGCCACUGACUAUUCAACCACUGAAAAUUUUGAGAGCUCUAUUUCCAGUAAUACAGUGGAGAUUUCUUCUGUGAUUGAAAAGGAUAAGAAUGAGUUGAAUACAGUAGAAAAGCCUCUUCUAACUGUUCACAGUGAAGGGAACCAAUCGUUGAUCUCGGCUGAGCCAAUUGUUGUUUCCAGUGAUGAAGAAGGACCCAUUGACCAUCAAAGUUCAGGAAUUCUUAAAUUACAAUCUAAGAAAGACUAUGAGAUUACUAAUAAAAAGGAGAGUACUUCUGAAUCACCAUUGUCAGAACUACCACCAGUUUCCUGUGAAUCUGGACAGGAAUCAUCUGAAUUAUGCCCAUAUAAUCCAGUCAUGGAAAACAUUUCCUGUGUUAUUCCUAAUAAUGAGACAGAUCUAAAACUGGAUUUUAUAUUUACUUCUGUGUAUAUUGGUAAAAUAAAAGGAACUUCUAAAGGUUGUAUUACAUUCACAACAAAGUAUAUUAAAAUCCCAUUUCAAGUGUCCCUGAAUGAGGUUUCGUUGUUAGUGGAUACCACUCAUUUAAAGAGGUUUGGAUUAUGGAAGAAUAAGGGUGAUGAUCACAGUAAAAGGAGUCAUGCUAUCCUUUUCCUCUGGGUCUCUCCAAAUUACCUUCAAGAGAUUCAGGCCCAAUUAGAACACUCUGUAUUUAGCCAACAAUCAAAAUCUAAUGAAUUCAUUUUCCUUGAGCUAAACAAUCCCAUUUCACAAAGAGAAGAAUUGAAAUUGAAAGAUAUUAUGAUGGAAAUAAGUACUACCCAUGGAGAAUUAGAACUUUCUUAUCCAUUGUCUUGGGUUCAGGCAUUUCCGCUGUUUCAGAACCUCUCUUCAAAAGAAAGUUCUUUUAUUCAUUAUUAUUGUGCUUCAACUUGUUCUUUCCCUGCCACUACUGAAGAAAUGAAGAUGAAAUCAGUAUCUCAGCCCUCAAAUACAGAUACAGCUAAGCCUACAUACACCUUUCUGCAGAAGCAAAGCAGUGGUUGCUACUCACUUUCUAUUACAUCAAAUCCAGAUGAAGAAUGGCGGGAAGUCAGGCAUACCGGACCUGUGCAGAAAUUGAUUGUAUAUCCUCCACCACCUACUAAGGGAGGAUUAGGAGUAACUAAUGAAGACCUAGAAUGUUUAGAAGAAGGAGAAUUUCUUAAUGAUGUAAUCAUUGAUUUUUACCUUAAGUAUCUUAUAUUGGAGAAGGCAUCAGAUGAACUUGUUGAACGAAGUCACAUUUUUAGUAGCUUUUUCUAUAAAUGCUUGACAAGAAAGGAAAAUAAUUUAACAGAAGAUAAUCCUGAUCUUUCAAUGGCACAAAGAAGACAUAAGAGAGUAAGAACAUGGACUCGUCACAUAAAUAUUUUUAAUAAAGAUUAUAUCUUUGUACCUGUGAAUGAGUCGUCUCACUGGUAUCUUGCAGUCAUUUGUUUUCCAUGGUUAGAAGAAGCUGUGUAUGAAGAUUUUCCACAAACUGUACCCCAGCAAUCCCAGACUCAUCAAUCUCAACUUGACAACAAAACAAUAGAAAAUGACUUACAUGCUACUUCAACACUCUCCUUGAAUGCCGAGGAUUCUCAAAGUACCGAAAUGAGUAUGUCAGUACCAAAGAAAAUGUGUAAAAGGCCAUGUAUUCUCAUACUAGACUCCUUGAAAGCUGCUUCUAUACAAAACACGGUUCAGAAUUUACGAGAGUAUUUAGAGGUAGAAUGGGAAGUUAAACGAAAAACUCAUCGUGAAUUCAGCAAAACAAGCAUGGUUGACCUAUGCCCUAAAGUUCCUAAACAGGAUAAUAGCAGUGAUUGUGGAGUGUAUUUACUACAAUAUGUGGAAAGCUUCUUCAAGGAUCCUAUUGUUAACUUUGAACUUCCAAUCCAUUUGGAGAAAUGGUUUCCUCGUCAUGUAAUAAAGACCAAACGGGAAGAUAUUCGAGAGCUCAUUUUGAAACUUCAUUUGCAGCAGCGCAAGGGCAGCAGUAGCUAGUUAAUCUGUACAAACAUGACACAUAUGUUCUCUAAGAUUACUGGAAAGCCGCUUACCAGCAUUUGUGUUAGCCAGCUCACAGAGAAGAAAAUAACUUUCAGUAGUUUUAUAAGUCAUUGAACAAACAUUAUUAUUUAAAAUAUAGAAGAUAUAUUAUUAGACUUGCUGGACUCUCAUAGAUGGAGUGGGAAUGAGGGUGAUAUACAUAAAACUUAUUAGAUAGAAAUUAAAAUUUCAUAAGUAUUUGAUAUUUUUCUGAUAAAUAUGCUUGGAUUAUACAAUAGCAUAUGUAAUGUGGGAAUGUAUUUGUAAAUAAUAAAACUAUGUGAUCUGUACUUCCACAUGACUGGGUGUUGAUGGGAGUUAGGUCCUCCCUGGUGCCAGCCCCAGUGCUUGUCAAAUUUGUUGACAAGUCAUAUUGUAUUGUAUUUCUGUUCUUUGCAGCUCAAGCAUGCAGUAUGAAUACUGUGUAUUUUUUUUUUAAAGAAUUUAGUAUCAAGGCUUCAGAAAAUGCCAUUUACGGCAUCCCUUCUGUAUAGUGUAAAAAAAAAAAUUCAUGUUAGGAAGAUGAUGAAAACUCCUCUUUCAAAGCGCAGCUUAUUGUUGUCAACUGCUAAACACAAUUACUCUGCUCUAUUUUUUUUCCCAUUACUUUUGAUGUCUCAUGUGGGGAAUUUGAGGAUUUAGUUCAUUUGUUUGGGGUAAAAUUGGGAACAAAAAAUUAACUGAGUUUUAAAAAAUCAUAUAUGUAUCCAAACUUAGUUUAUUUGAGGUGUAGCUAUAUAAAUAUCCACUUACACAUUAUCAAGGACUGUAUAUACACAAUUUCUGUAAGUAUAGAAGAUAAAAUCGGUGUCUUCAUAUCUUUAACAAAAAUACCCUCAAAGUUCUAUUUAUUAUUUAGAACCAAAAAUAUAAUUUUAUAGCUUAGUUUACCCAGUAUUCAUCUGCAAAGCCAGAUUGCUCUCAUUGCUUUUAUAUUUUUAAAUUGUAGUUUUUAGAGCCCUGUGAUCCGCUAUGGAUCUUAAACCUAUGGCGCUUAAUAGUUUAUUAAAUAUUCAGGUAACAGUUCUAUUGAAUUCAUGUGAUGAUGGUGGUAUUAUAUAUGAUUAAACACCUUAGAACCUUCUAAUGUUAUCAGGAAUAUUUUGAAAGAGACAUGAUCGUAUUGUAUUUUCUCAGAUAAGAAUACUUUUUUAAAGAAUAUUAUUUUAAUCUUGUUUUAAGCAUCUCUUGGAUUUACAUUGUAACUGUAAAUAAAUCAAUUAAACAAAAGCAAUUUAAGAUAAAGUUAAAAAAUCUGAAUAUUUCAAAAUCAUGUGAAUUGAAGUUGUCAGUUAUUUUUCAGUGUCCUUAGCUUUUGUUAUCUUGUCACCAUCUUUAUAUUGUUAAAGAUGUAUGUCUUUUGGAGAUUGCAUAUAAAGAUGGUUAUAAUUGCAUAUUCCAUUCCCAAUUUAUGUGUGUGUUGUGGGGGAGAGACUUUUUUAGGUGACUAUUAAUUGUUUUGUGCAUCUAAUUUUGGGGAUGCAAGUAUACAAGACAUCUUGUGAUUUCUUAACUUUUUGUUUGUAUGUUUUUAAAAAAUACCACUGUCCUUUAUUAUGUUUUGGAAAUUAAAAUUAAUUUUCCUAAAUUCAUGUGCAAAUAAUGCUUUGAGGAUAUCGGUAUUUUAUAUUAAACAUUUCCAAUUAAUUAAAUUGAGUUGUAAUUUUUUCUAAAGAAGCACAAGCCAUUGUUAUAAAUAAAUUUCUAAAUGCAUGAUGUCCUGAGCAUACCAUGUAACUGCUGCUUACAUUAAUUUUUCUCCCAACUUUAAUAAGUAUAUACUUAAUUUGAAUGUCAGUUCAGGGAAAUUUUUUAGUACAGGUUGAGCAUCCCUAAUCAGAUAGGAAAAAUGUUCCAAAAAUUUAAAAUCCAGAUGUUCCAGAAUCUAAAGUUUUUCGAGUACCAAUGUAAUGCUACAAAUGGAAAACUCCACACCUGACCUCAUGUGAUGGUUCACAGUCAAAACACAGGUACACUAAAAAUAUUGUGUAAAAUUACCUCAGCAUAUAUGUGUAUGAAAUAAAAAUAAAUUUUAUGUUUAGACUUGUGUCUCAUCCCCAAGAUAUAUCAAGGGUCUACAAAUGUUCCAAAAUCCAAAAUUCAAAGUACUUCUGCUCCCAGACAUUUCAAAUAGGGAUAUUCAACCUGUAACUACUAUUAGCCAACAUUCUGCUAAGCACAAAAAAUAAACUUUUUAAAUUCUUUGAAAAA